AUGAAACACAGAAUCCCCCUCCUCCUUCUCCUCACCAUCAUCCCCCUAUCCACCGAGUCUACAGUAUCAGAUGGUCGUGCCCCGCCCUGUCAACUACCCCCAUUCACCAACCUGUUACCACUGAAUUCGAGACGAGAACUUCGCAAAAUAUGGGCCGGAUUUCAUUCGACAACGUCAGCUAGAAAGUGUGAGCGGCAACUGGCUCAAACGAAAGAGCUCAUCGCCGGGCUCGCCGAGGAUAUGAAAUUGAAAAUAUUGGAUUGGGACCGUCCGACUGUUAGUCCGACUGACGAACGAAGAGGGACCAAUUUUCUGGCAGGAUUGUCGGAGGAGCAGACAAAAGUUUAUUCUGGGAUAAUGUCGAACCGCUCCAUAACCCAUGACAUGCGUUAUGAUCUACUUCGAAACUGGGCUUCCGAAAAUUUGGAUUUAGACGCCAUCAAUCAAGUCGAGCAAUUCAUCACUUUCCAGCAAAGGAAGAAUAAGAGUUUCAAGCAAAAAGUCGAAAAACUCUCAUCAGAAGCAAGAAUCGCUCACGACCGCCUGGAAUCCUUGAGACUUCUGAAGCAAGACGUCUACAGUAACCUCUCCGAGACAGCAAAGAAAGAAUUGGCGGGAUUGUACAGGCAUGGAACAAAAUGUCCACGUGGAAGUAUCUAUGAGGCUAGCGACCUGGAUGCCGAGGAGAUUCAGUUGGCGUGUUCUGUUGACGACCGAAUCCCUCUAUUCCGUACCACCACAAUGGCUUCGACAACUGAGGAGGCGCCAGAAGAAACUUCGACAACUUCAGAACCCUUGACUACCACGACUACAGUAAUCACAACUACAGUACCAACGACCACUUCCACUACUACAGUACCUACUACCACGACUACCGUACCCCCAACCACCACCACGAUGACUACAGUACCCCCGACAACUACCGUACCCCUUAUCACCACCACCGUCACGGAUGACUCCCUUUGGGUGAAGCUAACGACCACCCCAACGCCUCCUGAGACUACAGAAGGCCGCCUGUCUUUUGAAAUCGAAAAAAGCAAUAAUACAGUACCCCUGAUUCCUUCGAGACCCCAUCAGGUCGCCUCGAUGUUUGUCGCGGACCCGGAGAGGCUCACGGAUUUGUUGAAAAAGAUUUUCAGUCAUCGGAAUAAUGAUUAA